AUGAUAAAUCACAACACGAUGAGUAAGAAUAUUUUAUUGUGUCUACUCGCUAUUUUUGCAGUUUACUUUGUUGUUGAACUUAAUGCUUUGCAAGAGGAUGGCAAUAUUCAGUAUAACAAUGUUAAAGUUACACAUGUACGUGGUAACGGGUAUAACGCAAAUCGAAAAGGAAUUUCUGUAUCUUCGCUCCAACCAGUAUCUAAUCAAUCCAAAAAUAGAACUGUCGUCCGAGGAAGAGCACGUGCCGCAGGAGUUCUUGGAUUACUUUUUGGAAAUAGACAACAAAUAGGAUAUAACAAUGUUUACGGUAAUGGGUACUACGGUAAUGGAUACAAUAAUGGAUAUUAUGGUAAUGGAUACUACGGUAAUGGUUACGGUAAUGGAUAUGGUAAUGGCUAUUACAAUCAAUAUAAUGGAGGAUAUGGUGGCAACGGCUACUACAACCAAUAUUACAAUGGAAAUAACUAUUAUGGAGGAAAUAGAGGAUAUUACAACUAUAACCAAGGUCAAAGUUACUGUAGAGUUGCACAAUUUGUGGAUUAUGUUGGCUCAACGCCUCGUUACUACUGUGAUUGCCCGCCAUAUGCACCAAAUUAUCAAUGGAAUCAGUGUUCUCCAAUGUCUGGUUACUACGGAAAGAAAUGAUUUUAAAAAAUUGAUUCUAAUUGAAGAAUGCAGAUAUAACUAGAAUGAAGUAACAAUAAACCUUUUCCUAU